AUGUUUAACGGGAUGAUGGACCCUGAGAUGAUUCGGCUAGCUCAAGACCAGAUGAGCCGCAUGACGCCUGCUGAUUUCGCUAGGAUCCAACAGCAGAUGAUGUCAAAUCCAGAUUUGAUGAAGAUGGCAACCGAGAGCAUGAAGAACAUGAGGCCUGAAGAUUUGAAACAAGCUGCGGAGCAGCUCAAGCAUACCAGGCCGGAGGAGAUGGCUGAGAUUGGCGAGAAGAUGGCAAAAGCUUCUCCUGAAGAUUUAGCAGCUAUGCGUGCCCAGGCUGAUGCUCAGUUCACUUAUCAGAUAAACGCAGCUCAGAUGCUUAAAAAACAGGGAAAUGAGCUUCACAGCCGAGGAAAUUUCAGUGAUGCUGCAGAGAAGUAUUUGCGUGCGAAGAACAAUCUGAAGGAGAUUCCGUCUUCUAAAGGUGGAGCACUUUUGUUGGCUUGUUCGCUCAAUCUAAUGUCAUGCUAUUUGAAGACGAAUCAGCAUGAUGAGUGCAUAAAGGAAGGUUCUGAGGUUUUGGCAUAUGAUGCAACGAAUGUCAAAGCCCUAUACAGAAGGGGUCAAGCUUACAGAGAUCUGGGCCAGUUUGAAGAUGCCGUCUCCGAUCUAAGCAAGGCCCUUGAAGUUUUCCCUGAAGAUGAGACAAUUGCCGAUGUGUUAAGAGAGACUAAGGAAAGAUUGGCGGUUGAGGGCCCUGGCAAGAAAUCAGCAAGAGGUGUGGUGAUUGAAGAAAUAACAGAAGAAAAUGCUGCUACUUCUGGAGAAAAUAAAAAGCAGUCUAAAGAGGUUACUGGGACACAACGAGAAAGCGACAGUGGUGGCAUAAAGACUGAUGUUGAUGGAUUGCAGGCUCUCAGAGAUGACCCAGAAGCAAUCAGAACGUUCCAGAACUUCAUUUCAACAACUGAUCCCAACACACUUGCUUCUCUGAGCGGAGGCAAAGCUGGAGACAUGUCACCAGACAUGUUCAAAACCGCCUCGAGCAUGAUUGGCAAAAUGUCUCCCGAAGAGAUUCAAAAAAUGGUCCAAACAGCCUCUUCCUUCAAAGGAGACAACCCUUUCGCUCCGACUGGGACACCUUCGGAAAACGGGUUUGCACCCACGGCCGACAUGCUCAAACUCGCGUCCGACAUGAUGGGUAAGAUGUCGACAGAAGAGCGUGAGAGGAUGUUCAACAUGGCAUCGUCACUGAAAGCAAACGCUCCCGCUUCAACAUCACACGCAUCGGAGCCAAGGGAAAGGAGUAGUUUUAUUGGUGCGUCUAGCUCUUCGGGUGAUUCCUCUGUGGCUCCUAGAAGCGGUUUCGAAGGAAGCUUCCCUUCUGCUCCGCCUGCUGACUUGCAGGAACAGAUGAGAAACCAAAUGAAAGAUCCAGCGAUGCGACAGAUGUUCACGUCUAUGAUUAAGAACAUGAAUCCGGAAAUGAUGGCUAGCAUGAGCGAACAAUUCGGAAUGAAGCUAUCUCAAGAAGAUGCUGCAAAAGCUCAAGAAGCCAUGGCUUCUCUUUCUCCUGAAGCCUUGGAGAAAAUGAUGCGAUGGGCGGAUCGGGCUCAAACAGGGAUAGAGAAAGCGAAGAAAGCAAAGAAUUGGUUGCUCGGGAAAGGAGGGUUGAUAUUUGCAAUAUGCAUGCUCGUUUUAGCAAUCGUCCUUCAUCGUCUCGGCUACAUUGGAGUCUAA